AUUGUUGAAAAAAACUAAGAGGAAUAAGAACUAGAGUGCUGUACUUCCAUGUUACCACAUCUAUCCGGCCUCUAGCUGAUGAUCCUUUAGCUGUCUGCCGGGCCUUUCUUCUUGACGUUCUGAGGAUUUGCCUAAACCUGUUUCAUGCAUGUCCACUGGAGGCAGGUUUGACUUUGAUGACGGGGGGUCGUACUGCGGGGGGUGGGAGCAGGGCAAGGCCCAUGGGCGAGGGGUCUGCACGGGGCCACAGGGCCAGGGUGAGUAUGCAGGGGCCUGGAGCCACGGUUUUGAGGUCCUGGGCGUGUACACCUGGCCAAGCGGGAAUAGUUACCAGGGCACCUGGGCACAGGGCAAGCGCCACGGUGUGGGCGUGGAGAGCAAGGGCCGCUGGGAUUACAGGGGCGAGUGGACACAGGGCUUCAAGGGUCGCUAUGGGCAGCUGGAGAGCACAGCCAGUGGGGCCCGCUAUGAGGGAACCUGGAGCAACGGCCUACAGGAUGGAUACGGCACUGAGACAUACUCUGACGGAGGAACGUACCAGGGCCAGUGGCUGGGUGGGAUGCGUCAUGGCUACGGUGUGCGGCAGAGCGUGCCGUACGGCAUGGCAGCCGUCAUCCUCUUCCCUUUGCGCACGUCCAUAAACUCGCUCCGCUCCGAGCACAGCCAUGGCCCGCCCACCCUAUUAGAGGAUGGCACCACCAUCACGCCUCCAGACGGUGUUGUGGCGGGCCUGGCCGGGAGCCCUGUGGGGAGAGGCGGUUUUGCUCUCACCGCUCCAAGUGAAGCUGACCGGCAGAGGAAGAGGAAAGGCCGCUUCCGCCAAUCCAUCCUGAGCGGGCUGAAACUGCGACGCUCCGAGUCCAAGAGCUCCCUGGCCAGCCAGCUCAGCAAGCAGAGCUCCUUCUGCAGCGAGGCCGGCAUGAGCACUGUCAGUUCAGCAGCCUCUGAUAUCCACUCCAACGCCAGCCUGGGCGAGGGUGAGCAGGGUGCCCCUGUGGAUGCCACUGUGACCGAGACCUAUGCCGGAGAGUGGAGGAGCGAUCAACGAGCAGGCUGGGGCGUGAGCCGGCGCUCCGACGGCAUGCGCUACGAGGGGGAGUGGGCCGCCAACAAGCGGCAUGGCUACGGGUGCACCACGUUCCCCGAUGGCACCAAAGAAGAAGGCAAGUACAAGCAGAAUGCACUGGUGAGCGGCAAACGCAAGAAUCUCAUCCCACUGAGGGCCAGUAAGAUCAGAGAGAAGGUGGACCGGGCCGUGGAAGCAGCUGAGAAAGCUGCGGACAUUGCCAAACAGAAGGCGGAGAUUGCCCUGUCCAGAAUGAGCCACGCCCGUGGAAAGGCAGAGGCAGCAGAGGGUGUGGCCCAGAAGGCAAUAGAGGAGUGUCGAAUGGCUCGUGUUGCUGCCAAAGAGCUCUCGCCUUCCUUCCACAUCUACGGAAAUGGACUCGAGUGUCAGAGGCCCAAGCGCCAGGACAUCAAGGACAAAGACCACGAGGUCAUCUCCACAGGAACAGACAGUCCCGAGCUGUGCACGCCCGACACCACGCCACCUGUAAUAACACCUGAUCUCAGCCCCGUGUUGAGCAUCCCGCCCUCACCUCCCCACAGUCCAUCCAAGCACUCCCACCGCCCCAGAAACGCCUGCUUCAUGCGCCAGAGUGCCGUGGACGACCAGGGCGGAGCUGAGAUCCAAGUACUGGUGGAGGGCCGGGGCAUGGACCUCCCCAGGGCCGGGGCUAACAACUGGACAGAGGAUAUGUACCCGGAUCGAGGGGGUAGUAGUCGCUCCACCACACCUUCCCUCUUGGAAGAACAAGAAGGCCAGGUUAAUGGCCAUGAACAAGCCCCCUCCAAUCACAAGCCAAGGGAGAAAACUUCAGCCAAUCACAAGUCCCGGGAGCACACUUCCUCCUACAGGUCCUGGGAGCAUUCCUCAUCCAACCAAAAGUCCUCUAAGCAUGUGUCAUCCAAUCACAAGUCGAGAGAGUACACGUCCUCCAAUCACAAAACAUGGGAUCAUACUUCCACAAAUCACAAGGCCUGCGAGCAUGCCUCUUCCAAUUACAAGCCGCAGGUGCACAUUUUAUCCAAUCACAAGGCCUUGGAGCAUAACAUGUCCAAUCACAAGACUUCUGAGCAUGCUUCUUCCAAUCACAAGACCCAUGAUUAUACCUGCUCCAAUCACAACCCAAAGGACCAUGUCUCCUCCAAUUACAACCCUCGAGAGCAUGUGUAUUCCAACCACCACCCACCAGAGCAUGUAUACUCCAACCACCACACAAAGCACCACAUCUCCUCCAACCACAAGCUUAGCGAGCAUGCCUUGGCUGACCAAGGGCUUGACGGCCACCCAGGAGUCUGGACUGCUGAAAGCACCCUUAGGUGGAGCCCCGCCCACUCACGCCUCACAGAGCAGGAGGACGAGAAGUUAGGUGACUACACAGUAGAUAUGAGACUUCAGCCCCCGGACUCCAUUUCCCAGAUGCCCCAGGGGCUGGGCCAGGAAUCUCCAGGCCCUAAAGGCAACAGGGUGCGGCCCCGUGGCCUGCGGCCAGUGAAGGAGGGAUCCAUGGACUCUGUACAGAUGCUGGACAGUCUGAAUGUGGGAGCAGAGUUGGAGGAGUGGCCACUGCACAGGGACCUCACCCUCUCCCCACCCCUAAAGUCCCAGCCUAUUACACUGGAGCAGGACGGGGAGCAUCUCACCCUUAAAUCAAACUCAGGCUCCAGCUCUAUUCUGGUGGUCAUGGUCAUUUUACUUAAUAUUGGAGUAGCUAUUUUGUUCAUUCACUUCUUUAUUUAAGCUUCUACAGGAUCUACUAAGGCAUAUUCUUACCAACAUUAUAUUACUUAUCGAUACAGACAUUCUGCCCAUCCAACUGGAGCCCACAGCCCAAGCACAGGCACAGGUCUGGUAUUGGUCUGUUGUUAUCUUCUCUGAUAUUAUUAUCUGAAACAUGAGUUUUUACUUCACAACUUUUCCUUUUGAAUUGCCUCUUUAUUGCUUGCGACUAUAACAGGACAUCACAGAUAUUGUAAGAAAGCUAAGAGUGCAGUUUUAAGAUGGUGUGGUUAUAGUAGGUUACACACAUGCAUGGGUUUUUGACACCAACUUUAAAACGGACAGGAGAUGGUAGACCCUUUGCGCACUUUGCUCAUCCAAGACAAGCAUACUGCAACUCCUAUGUCCCACCUUGUGUGUCUCUACCAACCAUUAAACAUGCUAUAUCCUAGAGCAUGGCAGACACAUUUCAUCCACCCUAUACCUUAAACCCUAUAGCCUAAACCCCUGUACCCCUUGGCCCCAUCCACCAACCCCUGAUCUAUCAGCCCUAUGCUACGAAACUAUGCUGCAACAGUAGAUCCAUUUUAAAGGGCUCCGUCAUGAUUCUUUUUUUCACCAUUAUACCAACACACACACACAGCCAUUGCAUGAGGGUGUGUGGAGUUUAAAGUGCAUCUUUCUAUCCCUUCUUACAUCAAUGUUCUGUCUUCAUUUGUACACAAUCCACCCAGAUAUUAUUCAUUCUUAUCACUGCUAAUAUAAGCUGACAGUUGAGAUCAACGCCAUUGAACAUCCGGUCAAAUCAGGGAAUUGGAAUUUUAAGAAGGUUGAAUUUGAUUAAUGAAUUGUAUAUAUCGCAAAAUUCUCUGCGAACAUAGAUUCAUGAAUCAAACUUAAAUUCGUUUCCUGAAUCACUUGUAAAUUAGAUGGAAUUUAUCUUAACCCUACCACUUACACAACAGAUCACAUCCAGUCUCAACACUCACAUUGCACACACACACUCUCGCACGCAUCAACACGAGGCAAACACUAAAAUACUGACUAUGAGGAACAUGGUUUAGAGGAUUCAGGCUUGCCCCUUUGUACAGCUUUGAGACUGUUAAGUUAUAACCACUGAUUCUAAAUAUAUAUGUAUGUAUAUCAUUAUUACUCAAGUUUGUUACUUUUUUGCAGUUUGCAAGACAGAGAGAAUGCUGAGUGCCUCGUAUUUAUUAAUUUUUUGUCUCAAAUUUGUUUAUUUCCUUGAUAAAACACCCAUUAUGUGGGCAAGCUAGGGGGAGGUGAGGACUCUUUGACAUUAAGGAAGGGGACCCUCCCUGAAAUGGCAUGCACUGUUUUGUCUGUCUCUCUUGCUCCUACUUUCGGACCUGAGUCCAAAAGGGGAAAGAUUGGGUUAUUCAGUGUCACUUCAUGGCACUUUGGGCCAGAUGGGAUAUUUUUCAGCAUGUUUGUUUAGCCUGCUCAAUCUGGUGUCAGUUUGUGAGUCUCUCAGCCUCUCGUCGCUUUAUCCAGCAACACAGGCGACAUGAGACAUUGAGAGCAGUGUAAAAUAAACGCUAGCUUUUAACUCUAGUGGAAACUGAAAUGUCCUGAGUUUAUGAAUGAUAUAAAAAGAAACUCUCUGCUACUGUAUGUUUUAUACUUCGCACCCGGUGACAUCAUCAUGUUGUGACAUCAUUGCAUGCCCAAGCAUGCUCUUUCUUACUCUUUGGUUUAUGAGGUUG